AUGGGCUUCUUCUCUCACGCUGCAAUGCUUGGAGUCGGAUAUAUGAUUGGGAAAUCUUACUGUUUCGGAUACAAGGUCCAUCAAUUGCCGAACGACCCAGAUGCAUCUGAAAUUUCAUUUCGAGUAGAACAAAAAGAAGGUGGAUAUCCAAUGUUUUGGGGAAAUCCCUGGUGGAAUCAUCACUACCAUCACUGUCAUCAUCCAUUACAUUAUCAACAGAAGAAUGGAAAAGAAGCACAAAUUACCGAGAAGAAGACGAAUCCAGAACUUCUGGAGGUGGAGAAAAGCCAAUAA